AAUAACAGCCAAAAAAAAAGAAGAGAGAUUAGAAUAAUAAAAUGGAGAGAGGGGUGAACAAUGGGCAAUCACUUUGGCACUCUCAGUCACCCAAAACUCCGACCACGAUGCUGGAUCGCGCUCUUUCCUCUCGCCGUCCUCACUCCGACGCCGAUCUCUCUGAUUCCGGCGAAUCCGGCACCGACGAAUCUAAGACCAAGCGGCCACACAUCUACCUCCUCGCCUCCAAUUUCCUUUCUCGGAUCGGACAUCAGUGGUGGCCUUGCCUCAUUCUCGCUCUCCUCUUCCUCCUCCUUCUCCUCCUCACCUCACUGGCUUUCCACUCUAGCAGCUUCGUCUGCAUCUCCCGUUUCGAUCCGGCCGCUCGGAUCGGCUUCUUCGGUCUCGACGGGCUCGAAUCGGACUUCGGAGCCUUAGGUGUUCCUUGGUGCAGAUCGAAACAUGGCAAAGAAGUUGAGUGGACCUCCAAAGAUUUACUCAAGGGUCUUGAAGAGUUUGUUCCGAUAUAUGAAACACGGCCAAUAAAGAACAACAUGCAUGGAAUGGGUUUUGAUCACAGCUUUGGGCUAUGGUUCAUGGCUCGUUGGCUAAAGCCAGAGCUCAUGAUUGAGAGUGGUGCUUUUAAGGGACAUUCCACUUGGGUUAUGCGGCAGGCGAUGCCAGAUACACCAAUCAUCUCACUAACGCCCAGGCACCCUGAGAAGUACCUAAGAAAAGGACCUGCCUAUGUUGAUGGGAACUGCACGUACUUCGCAGGCAAAGAUUUUGUUGAUUUUGGAAGUGUUGAUUGGAAGAACGUGUUGAGAAAACACGGAAUAACAGAUCUCAACCGCGUUGUUGUCUUCUUCGAUGACCAUCAGAAUGAACUCAAAAGGAUAAAGCAGGCACUGAAGGCAGGUUUUCGACAUCUCAUUUUCGAGGAUAACUACGAUACAGGAACCGGGGAUCACUAUUCCCUUAGGCAGAUAUGCGAUCAGUCAUAUAUAAAAGGAGGCGGCCACAGCUGUUUCAAAGACAGUGAUGAAGCCAGGAUUAGAUCAAAGAGGAAGAAUUUCUGGGAAAAAGCUGUCGAUACAGAGGAGCUGUGCGGACCAGGCGAAACAUGGUGGGGAGUUAGAGGAGAAAUGAGAGAUGAUUUCAACCACAGUAACACACUGAUCUCGUACAAUCAGCAUUUUCAAAACAGUCGAUACGUUGAGUCGAUUCUAGAUGUGUAUUGGGAGCUACCUCCGGUUGCAGGACCUUCGUUGACCCAUCAAUCGCGAUAUGACCCUGCUCGUUCGACUCCACCAGUUGUAGAAGAUGGGAGGCAUCGUUUGUUCCAACGACUCGGUUUAGGUCGGCUCGAUAAGUCUGUGUUCAAUGGCUAUACUCAAAUGGUUUACCUUCAGAUAUCCAAGGCCGGGUCAUAGAGAUUCCUGCAAAAGAAGAUCGACUUGUUUUUUUUUUUUUUUGGAUUAUUCCUUAGCUUUGUUUUUCUUCUCUUACAGCUUAAAACUAAAGUUUGUCAAUACAAGAGAGUUUUUUCUACUGUGGUUUUCGUGUAAAAGUUUCGAGGUCGGUUAUGAUUCGUUAGCUGGUUUAAAAUUUUAA